ACCGCAAACCUACCAAAAAAGGAGGAAAAAAAAGGCAGCUCUUUUUCCUUCCUCCUCUGCCUCUCCUCUCCGCGCGUCUCGCCGCCGCCGGCCACAACCCCCCAAACCCUACCCCUACCACCGCCGCCAUGGCCGACCCGCGGCUGUUCUCGUCGGGAUCCGACCCCUCCGGCGACCGCUACGGCGCCUCCUCCGCCCCAAGCCGCCGGAAGUACAACCCCUACCAGGACCUCAACACCCCCUACAGCUACCAGACCCUCUACGACCUUCCCACCUCGCCGGAGUUCCUCUUCCAGGAGGAGUCCGCGGCGCAGCGCCGCUCCUGGGGCGAGAACCUCACCUACUACACGGGCGUGGGCUACCUCUCCGGCGCCGUCGGCGGCGCCGCCCUCGGCCUGCGCGACGCCGCCGCCGGCGCGGAGCCCGGGGAGACCGCCAAGAUCCGCGCCAACCGCGUCCUCAACUCCUGCGGCAGCUCCGGCCGCCGCGCCGGCAACAGGCUGGGUGUCAUCGGGCUGAUGUACGCCGGGAUGGAGAGCGCCCUGGUCGCCGCCCGCGACCGCGACGACUGGAUCAACAGCGUCGCCGCGGGGCUCGGCACCGGGGCGCUCUUCCGCGCCGCCAACGGCCCGCGGUCCGCCGCCGUCGCUGGCGCCAUCGGCGGGGUCCUCGCCGGCGCCGCCAUGGCCGGCAAGCAGCUCGCCAAGCGAUACGUGCCUGCCAUAUGAAAGCCUCGCCGCGGUUUCUCUUGUUCACUCGGAUCAAAGGAUCGAAUCAAUCCGUCGAAAAAAAAAAUCUCUCUUUGUUUGUUACGAGUUGUCUGUAUGAUUUGAAUGGGAAAUUUUGAUCAGUCUUGCGAUGUAUUAGUAACAUCAUGUUUAAUGUAUGAUUGCAUACAUGUUGCUG